GGUUGCUCGUCUUGUAUCAGGCGGAUAGUGUGGGAGAGCGAGAUGGAUGACUGCGCGGGGUAUGCCACCUGGCGGGGCCAUAUCCAUGAUGGAGAGGCAAUCGAUUGCAAAUUGGUAUGCUUGGACUCGAAAAGUCGCGCCAAGGUGUCGGAGUUGUUUCUUCUUGGGGGUCCCGAAUGUGUAGACGUCGCUCUCGGUCUUGUUGUCCCCGGUUCCGGUGGGUUUGUGAGCGAAGCAUGCACUUCCAAGGUGAGGACGAGGAUUUACAACAAGGUUGCAGAUUUGGGAGGGUUGCGGGCUUUGCGUCUCGCAGCGAACAUGGCGCGCGACGCCACGGCGGCAUCUGGGGUGUCUUCUCCCCCAUCAUGGGUAGAUGGGGUCGCCUGCGACCACAGCAGGAGGUUCUUGUUGACGUUGGCAUCGGCAGAUUGCUGUGCGGCGCUGCGCGAGUGCCAGGUUGGAGAGACCUUGACGCACACGGCCAGUCGGCUCCGGAGGAAGGAGGUUAAUAUGCUGUAUGCCCGACUUUUCAAGGUGGCUGGGUAUAGGGGUCUGCUGGCGGGUUCUCGCAUUGGCGAAGAUACCGAUUUUUGGCGCGAAUAUGAUUGCGCUCUUGAGCGGGAAUCUCCCGCCGCUCUUCCCGGUCCCAGACGCAACGCGUCUGAGCUGGCAGUUCGGCUUUUGCUGAGUUUGGACCAGGCGUGUGGUGGAGAGGUCCGGCAACGAGUGGAAGAGAUUCUUCUAGAUCGUGGAGGGAAGGAGUCGUUCGUGCCAUGCAGAGCACGGUCGGGAUUGAUUGCCGAAGCGUUCAGGGUGUCGGCCGCGGGGCGCAGCGGAAGGCGCACGUCCACGGAAAAGCUACUGCUCCCGUCUUCUCCCUCGAGCUCGACUUCCUCGUUGUCUUCGACGUUUUCUGACGACUCCGAGGAUGAGGAAUGGCGCCUGCGUAUGCAAGACAAGUUGAAGAAGGUGCAGAGCAAGAAGGAUUCGGUGGUAGUCGACAAGCAUCGUCGCCAUGAGCAUCGGCACUGUGGGAAGCGCGUCGUUGAACAUCGGCUGGACUCUUCUUCCACAUCGAGCUCGUCCUCGUCGGACUCCUCGGAUGCCGACGUGCACAAGAUAAGGAAGUCAAAGACGAUGGUACAUCGCCAUCAUCGCGGCAGCGUCAACAUCGAGGAUAGCAGCGAUGGCGAACACAGGCGGCGUCGUCGUGAAUCGCAUCGUCAUGAGGCGAAGGUGCAUGGAAAGGUUUCUUUCUCGUGCGACUCCGACAGUAGUAGCGACCAUUAUCACAAGGUCGAUAGCAGUUCCGCGAAACGAACUGAGGAGAGACGGCAUCGCCAAACUGUGAUCGCGGGAGAUGAACACAGGAAGCAGAAGAAUUCCGGUGGAGUCUCGGAUCACAGUGAGGGCCCUCGUCUGAAGAAGACUAAGGUUAAAACGACCAACGUAAAGGUGGACAAGAGGACAGUACAAUUGACUACCGACAGCGGUACCGAGAGCAUCGUGGAUGGCAGCGAAGAGAGUGAUCGUGCUGGCUCGCGAUACAGGAAGGAAACGACGCUCAAAAUCGACAACAUCAGCAAGUCGAAGGAGCAAUUUGUUCACGAGUGCGACAGCAACCACGAUCUUUCCAGCGCGCGCUUGACGAAGAAGACGACUGCCGCAGACGACCGAAAAUCAAGUGACUCGGUAAAAAAGUCGUCCACGUUAAAGGUCGAGCACACGGUGACGGGGAAAACGACGGUCGACAGCGGCAAGAAGGUUACGAAGCAAUCUGACAGUGAAGAGGGUGGCUCGCGAUACAGUAAGGAAACGACGUACAAAAAGGGCAAGAACAGCAAGUCGAAGAAGCAGGUUAUCGGCGAGAGCGAGAACGAAGACGAUAGUUCAUGCGCGCGCGUGACGAAGAAGACGGCCGCUGCAGACGACGGAAAGUUAAGUGACUCUGUGAAGAAGUCGUCCUCGUCCUUUUCAAAGGUCGAGCAGACGGUGACGGGGAAAACGACGGUCGAUAACAGCAAGAAGGCGACUAAUGCCAAGCAAUCUGAUAGUGAAGCGAGUGACCGUGGUGGCUCGGGAUACAGUAAGGAAACGACGUACAAAAUCGGGAAGGGUAGCAAGUUGAAGAAGCUGGCUAUCGACGAGAGCGACAGUGACCACGAUAGGUCCUACGAGCACAUGAAGAAGAAGACGGCUGUGACGGAGGGCAUAAAGUCGAGAGACUCGGUGAAGAAGUCGUCCUUAUCCACGUCAAAGGUCGAGCACACGCUGACGGGGAAAACGACCGUCGACAGCACCGAGAAGGGUGUGAAGCAAUCUGACAGUGAAGAGGGUGACCUUGUUGGCUCGCGAUACAACGUCACGAAGGACUACGAGGGUAAGGGAAAGGCGUUCGAUGAAAGCUCCUACUCGGUGCACAAGGACGUGCGGCAGAGAAGUAAGGACGAGACACACCAGUCGAAGCACGAAUACAAAGAGAGCAAGGAGUCGAGGGAGGAAUACAAGGAGCACAAGAAGCAGGAACACAUGGAGGCAGAAAAGAAGCACAAGGAGGUGAAGAAGGAUGUACACAAGGAGGUGAAGAAGGAUGUACACAAGGAGGUGAAGAAGGAUGUACAGAAGGAGGUGAAGAAGGAUGUACACAAGGAGGAACACGAGACGGUGCACAAAGAGACGGAGUAUAAGGAGCAAAGGGAGUCGAAGGAGACGGAGGAUCUGAAGUCCUCUGGGACGAAGAAGGUCGACUGCACGGAAUCGGAUGAGUAUCGCAAAGAGUUCAAAGGUGGAUACAAGGAGGCGAAGGGCCAGCACAAGGAGACGAAGCACGAAAGCAUUGCGACUGGCGACCAUGUGCACCGAGGAAAAGAGUCGUACGUGAAGGAAACCACGACAACGAUGAAGAUCACAGAGCAGUCAGAUUCGGAGGGUGAAUGGACAGAAGUUUCAGAUCGGUACGGGCACAAAAGGUACGUCAGAAGGAUGACAAAAACACGGAGAAGGAAGCACCAUGACUCGGAGGACGACACUGAGGAUGAGGAUGAGUCGACGUUCACCUUAAAACAGAAACAACAGGAAAGCGUGAGGGGCAAGAAGCAGAGCUCAUAUGAGCGUAUGCUGGGAAAGACCCAUACAGAAACACAGAAAGAGGAGGAGACGAAAGAAGUGAAGAAAGACGUGAAGAAAGGAGAGGAAUACUCUUCCCAACAGCACAAGUCAAGGGAGGAGCACAAGUCCAGGGAAGAGCACAAGUCCAAGGAGGAGCACAAGUCCAAGGAGGAGCACAAUUCCAAGGAGGAUCACAAGUCCAAGGAGGAGCACAAGUCCGAAGGAAAGGAAAAGGAUAAGCACGGUGGUUCUUCAGAGGAUGAAUGGACGGAAGUUUCUGAUGGACAAGGGGGCAAGAAGUGUGUGCGGAGGACAACCAUCAGGCGUUGCCACAAGCAUAGUGGGUGGGGUUCUGAGGAUGAAAGUGACUACGAGUCUUGGGUGAUCAAAAGGAGAGUGAAACGGGAAGAACACUGCAAGGGCCACGACGGUGGUGAAAGCAAGGAGACAAGCAUGAAGAUGACAAAGGAAGAGAAGAGAAUUGCCCACGAAAAGAAGAGGCAGGAAGUGGAUGGACACCAUGCUGAAAUUCAGGAAAAGCAUAGGGAGAAGCGAGAGGUGGACAGGCGACACGCGAAGAACGAAUCUCGUAAGGAGUCUCACAAGAAGGGAAGUGAAAGCGAGAGUGAAUGCAAGGAGCGUAAAGAGCAGAAAUCCAAGGAGGAGCACAAGUCAAAGGAGAUCAAAUGCAAGGAGGAAUACAAAUACGAGGAAUGCAAGUCCAAGGAGCACAAGGAACACAAGUCCAAGGAGGAGCACAAGGAGCAAAAGUCAACAGAGGAGCACAAGGAAUACAGAUCCAAGGAGCAAGAGGAGCACAAGUCCAAAGAGCACAAGGAGCACAAGUCCAAGGAGGAGCACAAGUCCAAGGAGGAGCACAAGUCCAAGGAGGAGCACAAGUCCAAGGAGGAGCACAAGUCUAUGGAGGAGCACAGAUCUAAGGAGCACAAAUCCACGGAGGAGCACAAGGAGCACAAAUCGAAAGAGGAGCACAAAUCGGAGCACAAGUCCAAGAAGGAGCACAAGGAGCACAAGUCCAAGGAGGAGCACAAGUCCAAGCAGGAGCACAAGUCCAAGGAGGAGCACAAGGAGCACAAGUCCAAGGAGGAGCACAAGUCCAAGCAGGAGCACAAAUCCGAGGAGUGCAAGGAGCAGAAAUUGAAGGAGGACCACAAAUCGAAGGAGCACAAAUCGGAGCACAAGGCAUCUUCCUCGGUGGAGCACGAGGCCUCUUGCUCGUCGGAGCAGAAGGCCGCCUCCUCGUUGGAGCACCAGUCCAGCUCUUCAUCACAAGAGAAGAUCUCAAGCUCGGGUUUUAAAUCCAGUUCGUCUUCAGCUAGCGAAGAGAAGAGUUCGGGGUCAGGCUCGAAGUCGAGUUCCAGUUCUUCGUUAGAAAGGAAGUCAAGUUCAAGUUCUCAAGAGAAGAGUUCGAAGAGUUCGUCGUCGGGAGGCACAGGAAGUUAUUCGGUAUCAUAUAGUGAGGAGGUUACCGAGGAAAGGAUAAAGAAAAGCGGCGGUGGGAAGAAACAAGCGAGCAAAGCUCAGGAAGAAGAAGAGUGGGAGGAGGAGGUGAUCGUGACCGAGGAGGUCAUUGAUGACUGUUAUGUGCCAGACGGCGUGCCUUCCGAACAGCAUAUCUGGGAGGCUGAUCAGCGAUGUGUGGUKGUMAGUGAAGUGACGGGUAUGSAGGCAGAAGGUGGGUCUUUGGGCGGACAUUAYUUCAAUCAGGAGUCCGACUAUCAGCUUGAGCACUCSUUCUCCGCGCAUCCUUACGAACGUCAGUACACUUACCUCAAGGGCAUGGUGGGUGGAAGCACCAAGCCCACCGCCCUUUUGUCAAGGGGUAGUGCUAGGCCAGAAAAUACGAGCUUGGUGGAGCACAGGGAGGAGGAGGAGGUGGUGACGACAGUCACCUCUGAGAGGGAGCGCGAGCGCAGGGAGACUCGGCACGAGGAAGCUCACAGCAAAAAGAGCGAUAAGGAUGACAAGUCUAUUUCCCUGCAUCGUGUGCAUCAGAAAAGCGGCAGGUCUCAUUACAGUGGGAGUCGUCAGUAUAUGCGAAUUGUGAACUACUGGUGGGAGCAGCCGCAGAAGAAUGGCUGGGAGAUGCUGCAUCCAUCGGUCAUAUGAACAAGUCUUAUGUGAUGGCAUUUCACCAGUCCGGAAAGAACUCUCGCAAUAUGAGGAGCUACUGGGAGUUCUCUGCUCCAAGUCAUCUGAUAAACGUGAUGUCAAGAAAUCCCUAGUGGCAGCCAAGGAUAUCAUCGGCGAGUCCUCAAGCUGGACUGCCAGCCAAGAGUAUUGUUCCACCAAGUC